GGUCCAGGAUUCAGAUAGCUAGUCAGUUGUACCAGAACAGUCAAUUAGUCAGUUCCUUCGGGAUUGCUGCUCUCUCACAUUCAUAUUUACACAGGAACAAAGAUCAAACUACGAAGGAACAAAAGGACAUUUGGAACCUCCAUCGCUCUGUGGCUACAUGAUGGCAUCCGGAGGACUAGUGGUGUCUGUUCUAUCAGUCUGUCCUACCACUCUGUUGCUGUGGGUCCUAGCUGGAGCUACGGCCUGUCUCCUGCUCAAAGGGGUGAUGAGGUUGGGAGGGGGAGACUCUCACCCCCCUAGUUACCCCCCAUUACCCUGCCUCCCCUCCCUCCCUCUCCUGGGGAGUCUCCUGAGUCUGAUGGGAGACCAGCCCCCUCAUCUCCGUUUCACAGAGCUGGGACACAGGUAUGGGCCACUGUAUGCCCUGUACCUGGGCCCUCAUUACACAGUGGUCGUGAACACCUACCAGCAUGCCAGAGAGGUGCUACUGCAGAGAGGGAAGGACUUCGCUGGGAGACCCAAGAUGUUGACUACAGAGUUGUUGACCAGGGGGGGGAAGGACAUAGCGUUCUCUGACUACUCUCCUCUAUGGAAGACCCACCGCAGACUAGUACACAACUCCUUUACCCUGUUCGGAGAGGGGACCACCAAACUUCAGAGCAUCGUACUAGAGGCAGUGGAGGCGCUGUGCUGUGACCUCCAGGCCAGCAGGGGGCAGGCUAUUGAUCCUGAUCCUCCUCUGAUGAGAGCUGUCACCAAUGUGGUGUGUACCCUGGUGUUCAGCUCCACCUACCAAUCUGGUGACCCUGAGCUGACCACUGUGAUGGAAUACAACGACGGUAUCGUCCAGACCAUCGCUAGAGGGGGUCUAGUUGACAUCUUCCCCUGGCUACGGUUUCUCCCCAACCAGACUCUGACCACGCUGACAGAGUGUAUCGCCAUCAGGGAUCAGCUGCUCAGCAAGAAGCUAGAGGAACACAAGGUGUCGCUGAUCAGCGGGGAGCCACGUGACCUGCUGGACGCUCUGCUGCAGGGUCAGACGAGGAUCAAACAUAACCAGGGGUCAGGGGUCAGAGGUCAGGGGUUAGGAGCGGAGCAGGAAGAGGAGGGGAUCAGUGAUGACCACGUCUUGAUGACUGCGGCUGAAGCAUUCGGCGCCGGAGUAGAGACCACCUCGACGACAUUACUCUGGGUCCUGGCCUUCCUGCUGCACCACCCACAGGUUCAGGAGCGUGUGCAGAAGGAGCUGGAUGAGGUGGUGGGUUGUGGGAGGAGUCCAGAUGUGUCAGACCGCACUCACCUGCCCUAUCUGGACUCUGUCAUCAAUGAGGUCAUGAGGAUACGCCCUGUCAGCCCCAUCCUCAUCCCUCACACCGCCCUGACUCACAGCAGUAUCGGCGGUCAUUCCAUCUGUAAGGGAAGCCGUGUACUGGUGAACAUGUGGGCUAUACACCACGACCCGGAACACUGGGACCAGCCAGAGGACUUCAGACCAGAGCGUUUCCUAGAUGACAAGGGCCAGCGCUUCACUCCUUCCUGUUUCAUGCCAUUUGGGGCAGGGCCUCGGGUCUGCGUGGGCGAAUCACUGGCCAGGCUGGAGCUGUUCCUGUUUGUGAGUGGUCUGCUGCAGAGGUUCAGCUUCAGCCCCGCCCCUGGGGUCCCUCUACCCGACCUGGAGGGGCGCCUAGGGGUGGUGCUACAGCCACUCAGAUACACCCUCACUGUUACACCUAGACCAGGCUGGGAGGGGGUGUGGUGGAAGGAUUGAGAGGGAAGGGGAAAAGAUUGAGGGGGAGGGACU